AUGCCUGCCGUGGGAGACCUCCUCCAGAAACUCAACCCCUGGCACAAGGGCAAGUUCACACGCCCCACGUUUCACGUCGCGCCACCAGCACGACGUGUGCUCCGGAGCACCAAGGCAACCCGCCCCCAUGAUCAUCACCCUGCUUCUGCUAACCACGAUGCGACAGAUGAUGCCCCUCCGCCCCCGCCCAUCUCCACAGGCACUGCCAUGUUGCUGAUCGCCCUCUACGCGCUCAGCUACUUCGUGCCCUUCUACCUGUCCGCCACGACGCGGCCGUCGCCGACGCUGUCGCGGGACGCGCCGUCGGUCGUGCGCGGCCGCAUCCGCUCCGUGACGCUGUCGUGUCUCGUCUGCACGGCCGUCACCUUCGUGCUGCUCACGCGCGCCUGGCCCGGCGUGCCCGGGUCCGGGCCCGACGCGCUGCACCUGCUGGGCCUGUGGCCGCCCGCGCUGCGGGACGCCGGCCGCGCGCUGCUCCUCACCGCGCUGCUCUUCCUCGGCCCGCUGUUCAGCUACUUCGUCGUCGAGCGCGGCUGGGCCGACUGGGCCCGCCUGGCGCCCCUGCGCGAGGUCUGCACCGAGUGGACGGCCUGGCGGAAUAUCGUUGCCGGCCCAAUAACGGAGGAAAUCCUCUUCCGCUCCGCCUCGAUCCCGCUGAUGCUGCUCGCGCAGGCGCCGGCGCGCCGCACCGUCUUCCUGACGCCGGUGCUCUUCGGGCUCGCGCACGUGCACCACUUCUACGAGUUCCGCCUGACGCACCCGCGCGUGCCCGCCGCGCGCGCGCUCGCCCGCUCCGCCUUCCAGCUCGCCUACACGUCGCUGUUCGGCGCCUACGCGGCCUUUUUGUUCCUGCGCACCGGCUCGCUCGCCGCCGUCUGCGCCGCCCACGCCUUCUGCAACUGCAUGGGCCUGCCGCGCGUCUGGGGCCGCGUCGAGCCCAAGAACGGGAGGCGGCCGAGUAUCCUGUGGACGGUGGCGUACUAUGUGCUGCUGGUGGGCGGCGCGGUGCUCUGGUGGAGGAAUCUGUGGGUGCUGAGUGAGAGCGAGAAUGCGUUGGUGCCGACCUCGGCGUUUUCGCAGAGUCCCGCUUGA